AUGCCAGGUUUUGUAGAUCGUGAUCGACAAAUUAAGAAAAAAUUUUUAUAUAUAACACAGAAUAGCUUUUCGACAAAUUUGGCCGAUGUUGAUCCAUCUAGGUCGAAUAAUAGAUUUCUUCCGCGCAAAAAAGCUUGGCUGUUGAGUAUCAAGGGUUCUGAUUGGUUAAAAUCAAACAACUGCG